UGGUGAUGUCAGAGCGCUGAGUGAAGCUGAGCUCCGCGCGAGCUGAGAUGAUGGCGAGCGCGCUCACAACAUCACAAUCUCUAAUACAAAGCGUUUAACAGCGCAUCAUCAUAACAAUGGACGGCAAUGUCUUCCCCGACCAAGAACAGCUUUUGGUAUUCCUGAAAAAGCUUAAAGAAGUGUUCGACGUGUGCGACGAGGAUGCAGACGGAUAUAUUCGGGUUGAGCACUUCGUGGACCUCGGUCUACAGUUCGGCCAAGGAGAUGAAGUUAAGAAGUUUGCCAAGUACCUGGAUCCCAAUGCUCAUGGCAGAAUUAACUUCAAAGAUUUCUGUCAUGGAGUGUUUGCAAUCAAAGGCUGUGAAGAGAUUCUGAAAACUGCACUUGGGACCCCCAACAUCGGAGCACAGCCAUACCAGACGGACAAUGGCUACUACUAUCAGCACGGGGAGGGUAGUCUGGGACCCCCGAUCAUCGUAUGCACACGGCCGUACCCAGAGUGCCAGCUGUAUUCGGAUGAGGAAGGAAUGGGUGGACGGGAUGCGCAGGAGUCAGACAUGGACAGCGGGGCAGGAUCUGAAUCUUCUGAAGGAGGACGUCAUGAGGAUAAAGAGGAAGGACUUGGUGGACUCUUUCUACGUAGAAACAACUGUGGUCAGAUGGUCUCGUCAGCAGCGGCCUCAGUGAUCUCAGUGGAGGAGCAGUUUGAGGACUAUGGAGAGGGAGAGGAUGUGGACUUCACUCCCAGCAGCCCCAUCCCCGAUGAUGACACACGUACUAAUGGUUUCUCUGACCUGGGCUCCUCUCUGCCCUCCAGUGCUGGCCAGACCCCUCAGAAGAUCAGACACCUGUACAACAGUGAGCUUCUGGAUGUUUACUGCUCUCAGUGCUGCAAGAAAGUCAACCUGCUCAAUGACCUGGAGGCCAGACUCAAAAACCUCAAAGCUAACAGCCCAAACAGGAAAAUUACCAGUACAGCAUUUGGUCGUCAGCUCUUCCACCACAGUAACUUCAGCAGCAGUCAGGGCAGCACAGAGGAUCUCUUCAGAGACAGCAUCGACUCCUGUGAUAUUGACAUCACUGAAAAGGUGAGUUAUUUGGAAAAGAAGAUAACAGAGCUUGAGAACGACAGCCUGGCUAACGGAGAUCUGAAAUCCAAACUUAAACAGGAAAACACACAACUAGUUCACAGGGUACAUGAGCUGGAGGAGCAGAUCAAAGAUCAGGAGACGCGUGCAGAGCAAUGUCUAGAGGAGGAGCUGAAGAGACACAGAGAGGCCUACAGUAAGAUGGAGAGAGACAAGAGCACUGAGAUUGAACUGCUUAGUAACAGGGUCCAGCAGCUAGAAGAGGAAAACGCAGAGAUGAAAGUGAAUGUGUGCAGACUCAAGUCUCAGACUGAAAAACUAGACCAGGAGAAGCAGCGUAUGACAGAUAAACUGGAAGACACAAGCCUGCGUUUGAAGGAUGAGAUGGAUCUGUACAGGAAAAUGAUGGAUAAGCUUUGGCAGAACAGACACGAGUUUCAGAAGGAGCGAGAGGCCAUGCAAGAGCUGAUUGAGGACCUGCGGCGCGAACUGGAGCACCUGCAACUCUUUAAACUGGAGACUGAGAAGCCCGGCCGUGGCCGUAGCGCUGCUGGGCUGUCGGAGUACAAUGCCAAGACUCGAGAGAUUGAACUGGAGCACGAAGCAAAGCGGCUUAAGCAGGAGAACCAUAAACUCCGAGACCAGAACGAUGAUCUCAACGGACAGAUUCUCAGCCUCAGCCUAUAUGAGGCCAAAAACCUGUUUGCUUGCCACACCAAGGCCCAGUCACUGGCAGCGGAGAUAGACAACGCCUCCAGAGAUGAGCUGGUUGAAGCUUUGAAAGAACAAGAGGAGAUCAACUACCGUUUAAGGCAGUACAUGGACAAGAUCAUCCUGGCUAUCCUCGACCACAACCCCUCCAUUUUAGAGAUCAAGCAGUAGGGAUCUGAGCUGAGAGCAGGUAGAGGACUCAAACUUGGCAGAGAGCUCCCCCUUCAGGCCGGGGGUUUGAAAUGCACCUUUGCCCCUUACACCAAGUCAUCAUGUAUUACAGAGCAAAUUGCUUUCGAAAAAAUCGUGUCUCUCAUGUGCUCUGCCUCACACACACGAGUUACAGUUUCCAUUUCCAUGCUAUGAGUUUAGGCCGUAAAAAUGACACAAACAAGUGAUGAAACUGGAAUAUAGAGUAGAAGUGUACUUUUCACUCUCAGUUAUAUAUACACACUACCUCUGAGUAUGUACAACUCAGUGUUGUAUUCUAAACAUGAACAAAACAAGUAGAAUUAUGAUAAAUAUCACAUGAUCACACCAUAUAGGAGAGCUAUACAUGCACCCUAUGGCAUGUGGGGUUUAUUAUUAUUAUUAUUUGAACAUUUUAAUCAGCCCUCUAGAUUUUCUCUAUAAAGUACUGUUUGCCUAUGAAUUUUAACAAUCCAGCGCCGAAUCAACGGACAGAGCAAUAGAAAGACAUGACUGUAUAAUAACAAUAAUCUGCAGAUAAGGGAACUUCUUUUGAAUGUUCUCUGCCCACAUAAAUUGUGGUCUGCUGUGAAAAUAAUAAAAUCAUGUCAGUCCAUUCUAAGAUAAAAUACACUGCUGUUAGUGUUAAUGGCUGAUGCUUUCAGUUCUUAAAUAAUCAUACAGCUUGUAACGGGACUGUGCUGAACAUCCUUUGACUGUAGUAGAGAAGCACAAGUGAACGGUGUGAGUACUGAUGACACAGUUGUACAAUAUAGUAUAUAUGUGUAGAAAGAAAAAUCUAUAGAAAAUGUGAAAAAGAAAGGUUUAUUUUUCUUAGAAGUCUGUUUGAAUGAAAGGAUGGUCCAUUGAAGUUUCAAGGAAGAGGUGGAUGUAGUACAUAAUGAGUGAGAAGUAAAUGAUUAUGAUAUAAUAAAAUUGUAUAGUUUUACCAAGAAAACAAAAAAAGCCCCACAAAAUUACGGCCAAUGUAGUUAAAACAUUAAUAUCAUGGUAAAUGUCUCUAUUAGAACAAUUUAUGGUCUAAAUAUAAAAUAUAUGCAAAAUCAAAUAUAUAUACACUACCGUUCAAAAGUUGGGGAUCAGUAAUUUUUUUUUUAAUGGAACUAAAUCUAAAUCUAGAUGUAUUAAAUUGAUCAAAAGUGACAGUUAAGACACUUAUAAUGUUACAAAAGAUUUCUAUUUUU